UAUACUCAUACUGCUCUAACAAAAUACAUACAGGCGAAACAGUAUAUAUGCACACCAUUUAUAGACACGGAAACAUAACGGAGAGAGUGAGUUCUCAGUUCAGUUGUAUAUUACAAAAAGGGUUUUAGAGAGAGAGAGAGAGGGAGAGAGAGAGAGAGAUGGCUUCUUUGUCUGAGGAACCUCCGCAUCCGACUGAGGACAAUCGUGAUUCUGCUGCCACCGUUCCUUGCCGGACGGAAAAUGACGCUAAUAAAGAGAUGUCAGCUGCUGUUGUUCAAGGAAAUGAUCGAGUUGAUGGUCACAUCAUUACGACGACUGUAGGCGGCAGAAAUGGUGAACCGAAAAGGACACUUUCUUACAUGGCAGAGGACGUUGUUGGCACUGGAUCGUUUGGUAUCGUUUUUCAGGCAAAGUGCGUGGAAACCGGAGAAACCGUUGCAAUAAAGAAGGUUUUACAGGAUAGGCGUUACAAAAAUCGUGAACUGGAAUUAAUGCGGUUAAUGGAUCACCCAAACGUGGUUUGUCUGAAGCAUUGCUUUUAUUCCACGACAAGUAAAAACGAACUUUAUCUCAAUCUGGUUAUGGAAUACGUCCCCGAGACUAUGUACCUGGUUCUCAAGCGACACAUUAAUGCAAAUCAGAGGAUGCCCCUUAUUUAUAUCAAACUUUAUGCGUACCAGAUUUUUAGGGGGCUUGCUUAUAUUCAUACUGUUCAUGGUGUUUGCCACAGAGAUUUGAAACCUCAGAAUCUUCUGGUUGAUCCCAUAACUCACCAAGUUAAACUUUGCGACUUUGGAAGUGCAAAAGCUUUGGUCAAGGGCGAGGCUAAUAUAUCAUACAUAUGCUCUCGUUAUUACAGAGCGCCGGAACUUAUAUUUGGCGCUACAGAAUACACUUCGUCAGUUGAUAUCUGGUCUGCUGGUUGUGUCCUCGCAGAGCUUCUCUUGGGACAGCCACUGUUUCCUGGUGAAAAUGCAGUUGACCAACUUGUAGAAAUUAUCAAGGUUCUUGGGACCCCAACUCGAGAAGAAAUACGAUGUAUGAAUCCAAACUAUACUGAUUUUAGGUUCCCGCAGAUCAAAGCUCACCCUUGGCACAAGGUUUUCAACAAAAGGAUGCCUCCUGAAGCAAUUGAUCUUGCUUCAAGACUCCUACAAUACUCGCCAAGUCUUCGCUGCACUGCUCUUGAAGCUUGUUCCCACUGUUUCUUUGAUGACCUACGGGAUCCCAGUGCCCGCCUUCCAAAUGGCCGCCCUUUACCCCCUCUGUUCAACUUCAAGCAGGAAUUAGAAGGGGCUUCACCUGAGCUGAUUAACAGGCUUAUUCCAGAACACAUCCGGAGACAAAGUGGGCUAUCUACAUGAAAGAACUCCCUGUACAUUGUGUUUAUGAUGAAGCUUUCAGGAAUCUAGGAAUACCAAAUGUGGUAAUACUGUUUAAGCUAGGCAGGUACUAUAUGUAUUAAAUAGUGAGUGUCUAGAGUGUUUACUUGAGGGGCGUUCGGAUGGUGUAUGAGUAUGAGAAUCGAGAAUGAGAAUGAGGGGCAUGGGAAUGACUAUCCAAGGAGUGUGCAAGGGGGAUUGAGGUUCUCAUUCUGUCCAACAAAGUUGUUAAUCCAAACACGGAACACAUGGGUCUGAGGUUCCGUUUCCCGUUCCCGUUGACCAGGACCAAAGGCCCCUUGAUGUUAUCCUCAGUCUUUGUACUCAAAUAUAUCAGUAUUUGCUAAAACUUCUAGCUAAUUAUGUUGGGAAUGUAUUCUGGUAUUUUGGUUAUAAUGUAUGUAAAUAUGAUAAUAGACGUGUUGAGGUCUAGUUACCCCUAUGGAUAUUUAUCUUUGUGAAUAUAUUUUUAUCUUUGUGACUUGUGAA